UUCCUUCUCAGUUCUCAAAGUCCGCGAGGCCGCGCCACGCAACGGACGUCUCCACGCAGCUCGGCCAAAUAACGCGGUCGCGUGUUUAAUAAAUCGACCAUUCAUUGAAACACCUUUUAUCUUUAGCUGUAUAAUAUCUAAUCUAUGUUAGUGUGUGUUGAUUUUGUGUGUGAAUUUGUUCCGGCGAAGAAUAAUAAGAUGUCCUCGUGCUAAGGACCAGAGCGAGGGAAGUUGAGGCGAGGAGCUAAAGGGCGCCCUGCAUCAUGACCAAGAAGUUUGAGUUCAACUGGCAGAUACCUGUCCCGGAACCGCUGCUGCAGGGCGCGACCUUCGACCGCUGGACGGAGGAGAAGGACAACACGGAGUUGGAGCUGAACUGCCUAUUCAAGGUCGACGAGUACGGGUUCUUCAUCUACUGGAAGAGCGAGGGGAAGGAUGGAGACGUUAUAGAAUUAUGCCAAGUCAGCGACGUGAGAUCGGGAGGAGUGCCCAAGGACGCCAAACUGAACGACAAGCUAGAGAAGAAGCACGGCAAGGAUCUAGAAGAGAAGUCGCUAACGAUCUGCAGCGGCACCGACUACAUCAACAUAAACUACCAACACGUCGUCUGUGCGGACGCCAACACGGCCACGGUAUGGUUGCAAGGUCUCAGAAAGAUCACCCACAACGUGAAAGCCAACAAUGUUUGCCCCAUGACAUGCCUCAAGAAGCAUUGGAUGCGCCUGUCGUUCCUAACUGACCCAAAGGGCAAGGUUCCAGUUAAAGUGGUCGCCAGAACAUUCGCCUCGGGGAAAACCGAAAAGUUGGUCUACCAGUGCUUGUCCGACCUGGGGCUACCUGCGGGGAAGAAUGAAGCGAUGGAGAAAGAGGCUUUCACCUUUGACAAGUUCUACGCGCUGUAUCAUAAGAUCUGUCCGAGGAACGAUAUUGAGGAAUUGUUUAGAUCUAUUACGCAAGGCAAGUCGGACCGCAUCAACCUAGAGCAGUUCGUCAACUUCCUGAACGAGAAGCAGCGCGACCCGCGGCUCAACGAGAUCCUGUACCCGUUGUACGAUGAGAAGCGAGCCAUCGAGAUCAUCACCGACUAUGAGCAAGAAGAAGAAGCUAAGGCUGCCAAAUGCCUCACAAAAGACGGUCUCAUCCGCUACCUGAUGUCGGACGAGAACGCGCCGGUGUUUCUGGAUCGGCUGGACUUCUACAUGGAGAUGGACCAGCCCUUGUCUCACUACUACAUCAACUCGUCCCACAACACCUACCUGUCGGGUCGACAGUUCGGCGGCAAGAGCUCUGUUGAAAUGUACCGACAAGUACUUUUAGCUGGCUGCAGAUGUGUGGAACUUGACUGUUGGGACGGCAAAGGCGAGGACGAAGAACCAAUCAUCACCCACGGCAUGGCGAUGUGCACCGAUAUCCUGUUCAAGGACGUCAUCUACGCGCUGCGUGACACUGCCUUCGUGACGUCAGACUACCCCGUCAUACUAUCCUUCGAGAACCACUGCUGCAAAGCGCAGCAGUACAAGCUCGCCAAGUACUGUGAUGAGAUCCUUGGCGAUCUGCUACAGAAGGAACCUCUGCCUGAUUAUCCUCUGGAGCCGGGGCAGCCACUGCCUCCGCCGUCGCUUCUGAAGAGGAAGAUCAUGAUCAAGAACAAGCGAAUGAAACCCGAGGUGGAGAAACAGGAAUUGGAACUUUUCCGUCAAGGGAAGUUCGUCAUUGAGGACGAGGUCAAGGAGGACGCUUCCGCGGCACCCAUGCCUGAAAAGAAGCCGGAGGAGAUACCUGUAGAGGCGGAGGCAGCGGCGGGCGGGGACGACGCGCCACCACCAGUGCAGUACACGGGCUCCACCACCAACGUGCACCCCUGGCUCUCCUCCAUGGUCAACUACGCGCAGCCUAUCAAGUUCGUCAGCUUCGAGGAGGCGGAGAAAAAGAACAUCCAUCAUAACAUGUCUUCAUUCGCGGAGACAACGGGCAUGAACUACCUCAAGUCGCAGGCCAUAGACUUCGUGAACUACAACAAGCGGCAGAUGUCGCGUAUUUACCCCAAGGGCACCCGGGCUGACUCUUCUAAUUACAUGCCCCAGGUGUUUUGGAACGCAGGCUGCCAGAUGGUGUCGCUGAACUUCCAGACGUCGGACCUGCCCAUGCAGCUCAACCAGGGCAAGUUCGAGUACAACGGCAACUGCGGCUACCUGCUCAAGCCGGACUUCAUGCGGCGCGCCGACCGCAGCUUCGACCCGUUCGCCGACGCGCCCGUCGACGGCGUCAUCGCUGCGCAGUGCGGCGUACAGGUGAUAGCCGGCCAGUUCCUGUCAGACAAGAAGGUGGGCACGUACGUGGAGGUGGACAUGUACGGGCUGCCCACCGACACCAUCCGCAAGGAGUUCCGCACCCGCAUGGUUCCUGCCAACGGGCUUAACCCCGUCUACAACGAGGAACCCUUCCUGUUCCGAAAGGUGGUGUUGCCAGAUCUGGCUGUGCUCCGUUUCGGCGUAUACGAGGAGAGCGGCAAGCUGCUGGGUCAACGCAUCCUGCCGCUGGACGGGCUGCAGGCUGGCUACCGGCACAUCUCGCUCCGGACGGAGGCCAACUUCCCCAUGUCACUGCCCAUGUUGUUCUGUAAUAUUGAGCUGAAGAUCUACGUGCCUGAUGGGUUUGAGGACUUCAUGGCCGCCCUGUCGGACCCGCGCGCGUUCAUGGGCGCGGCCAAGGAGCGCACCGACAACAUGAAGCAGAUGGGCAUCGAGGAGAGCGGGCCCGACAAGAAGGCGCCCGCUGAAGAGAAGAAAGAAGAGCCUCUAGUGUUCGACCCAAUCACAGUGGAGUCCUUGAGGCAGGAGAAGGGCUUCCUGAAGACUGGCAAGAAACAGCAGAAAGACUUGGACGUGAUGAAGAAACGCCACGCCAAGGAGAAGAUGACGCUGCAGAAACAACAGUGCGCCGCGCUCGAGAAAAUGAUUAAGGGGAAAAACAAAGAGCAGCUAAGCGCUGACGCAGCGUUCCGCACGCUGGUGGGCGAGCAAGCGGGCGCGUGGGGCGAGCUGGUGCGCAAGCAGCGCGCCGAGCGGAGCGCCUCAGAGCGCACCCGCCUCGACGAGCAGCGCGACAUGCUCAAGAAGUUCUGCGAGCAGGCGCAGCUGGCGCAGAUGAAGCAGCUGGAGGCCAAGCACGAGAGGGAGCUAAAAGAGAUGAACACCAGACAGGCCAAGAUUAGCGUGGAGACCAGCAAGGAGGUCGCUAACGACAAAACGUUGAAGACCAAGCAGGAGAAGGACCGACGGCUUCGAGAGAAGAAGCAGAAUAAUACCAAAAAGUUUAUGGACGAACGCAAGACACAAACCAUCAAGCAGAACCGCGAGAAGGACAAGUUGAAAGCCACACAUGACAAACAAAUGGAGGAACUGUCAAAGGACAUCGACAACCUGAUCGAGAUGUACAAAAUGGAGGAGUCCGAGUUCGAGAUGGCGAGCAAAACCGAGUUGUUUGCAUGAAAAUACCCGGACAUUGCUCCCCUGGUUGAGCAAAUGACUUGAAAGUGAUGUGAUCUCCUUAGUGUUAACUAACUAACCACACUGAGUGCCUAUAGUAUGCGCGUUAUCAUCUGAGUCGUCCGGUCAUAAAAGUCAAAAAAGAUAGGAAUGUGUGAAAAAAUGAAUGAACAAGAUACGAUAAUAAACUUUACUUAUCGAUAAUAUGUCUUUCAUUGUUACACCCUUCACUAGACGGCUCCAUAAGACCCAUAAGUGCAAGCGAGAUAGAUAUAGAGAAAUGAUUUAUGGCCCUAAGACUCAGUUGUUAACGCGCGUACUAUAGUGGGAAUUGUCAAUGUUUUCAUACUGUGACUAUCGCGUAACCGUGAACAGGUGUGCAAAAGUGCCACUAUAUGGCGCUGUUUCAAUUCGUUAGAAAUUCGCGUUUACGGUUACGCGAUAGUCACAGUAUUAACCGUAAACAGUUGUGCAGUAAUGCCACUAGAUGGCGCUAUUUCAAUUCGUUAGAAAUUCGCGUUUACGGUUACGCGAUAGUCACAGUAUGAACCGUAAACAGUUGUGCAGUAAUGCCACUAUAUGGCGCUAUUUAAAUUCGUUAGAAAUUCGCGUUUACGGUUACGCGAUAGUCACAGUAUGAAAACAUUGAAAACUGCCACUAUGCACUCUGAACACUCUUUUAGUGAAUAAGUUUUAUUUAUUUAUAUGAACUAGUUAGAUACUUCUGUAGUAGGUGUACUAAAACCACAAUGCGGCAUGGAUCAAUUGUUUAGUAAUUUAAGGUUAAUUAUUCUACUUAAAUCGUUCAGUUAGGUAGUGUUAGUUGGAAUAGCCGGGGGUUCUAAGGUGUUGCAAGCGACCCCUCACCGACGAAAUUAACUGUGUUAAAUAGAAAAUCCACUGUAACCAUGUUACCUACAUAAUUAAUUUAAUUCUCUUUCUACAAAAGCAAACGUUUCCAAAAACGUUUAUAUCGGUAGGCUAAUUCACUAACUUUGACGUAUGUUAGUUGACGUAUACGAAAUUGAGAUUCUAUGUAACAAAUGUCAUCCGGUGCUUGCUAACAACCCUUCGUGGAUAUAAUACAGUAGGUAGAUGACAUUUCUCAGAUGAUUUGAUGUUUAUUUUAAUAGGUUGCCAAUGAAGAAAAAAAUAGUGAAUAGGCCAGCUGUCAAUACCAUACAUUUUUGCGGCGGCUCGGGACCGUGGCUUUUGGAAGUCCCUUUAAAAGACCAAUGUCCUGCAGGGGACGUCCAUCGGCUUAUAAUGAUGAUGAUGACUUAUGUAGAGACUUGUCAGUCGACUGUGUCACCAAUAAAUUGUCUAUGUAAUUAGUUUCGUAUUUUAUCUAUACAAAACAGUAUAGUGGUAGAAAUUUAUACCUACAUCUACUUUUGGUACUUUUUUUUAAUAUUCAAUUUGUUCCGCACGGAAUAGACAAAGAUCUAUGACCAUACAGCCUGUUAAUUCCAAGAUCUAUUUGAUUAUGACGUUGCCAUGAUUGAAUAUUCGUUUUUAUCAAUCAAUAUUAUAAAAUAAGUGGGUAUAUUCUUUUCUUUAACAUCCAUAAUAAAGCUCUGCCGAAUUAAGUAGGUAGGUAACUAAAAUACCACGAGAUUCCAAAAGAACAGCAAAUAGAACAUACCUAUUAAAACCAUAGAGAUUUAACGGUUUUCACGAGUGCCAAAAAGUAUAUUGUGUUAUAGUUUUCACUACAAUACCAGUUAAAAUAAAGCUUAGGCUAUUUAAAACACACUGUUUUAUGUAUUUAUAUAUUAUAAUAUUGUAUAUAAUAGUUUUGAUUUAUUAAUAGCUCAUUGAAGAACUAUAAUUAAAUCUUUGAAUAAUUUUCAAUAUUAAAUAAUAAGUUUAUAAUUUUAUUACUUUAGUAAUACGAGUAAUUAUUUCAAUUUUAACAAUUAGGUAAGUCAAGGUAAUCGGUUUAUUUAACAUUAGGUACAUUAAGUAGGUAUUUUAUUUAUAAUUUAUUCUUCUCGUAUGUUUUCUGUACUUCUACAAUAAUAGUAGAAUUAAAGAGGUAAAGUUUGUGGUAUUAUAGGGGCAGAUACAUAGGCGUAUAUAGAGGGGGUCUGUUAUAUUAAUGGCGAAGAAGGUUUCGUUGUUUCUAAAUAUUGUUUUUACGGGUAAAAUAAACGUAUAGAACCUCUACUAUAACCUAGUCACUGGACAUAAUAUAUUUUUGUGAAUGUUUUAUUUUUUAUUUAAAUCAUAGUAAACCCAUGUUAGUGAUCUAUAUGAGCAAAGAUACAUUGAAACUGGAAGGUGUAUGGGAAAUUGGCCAAUAACUCUAACAUGGGUUUCACGCGGCAGCGUACAGUGCGACACAAAAAAGUAAAAAAUAAUUAAUUAGGGCGCUGUAGUCACUUUUUGUCUUUAUAGAGUUUGGUUAAUGAAAGUAGAGACUAAAAUCGCCCUCCAAAAUUAAAAAAAUCAAUUAAACAAAUUAAAAAAACAUGCGUUUUCAUAAUUUGUUUAAAUUAUUUUUUUGUUUGUGAAUACAUUACUACCUAUAGUAUAAGUAUUAAACACAGUUAUUCCAAUAUUUGCACUAUAAUUUUGAGAAUUUACUCCGAUUUUUUAAAAAUUUGGCGGGCAAUUUCAGUCCCUACUUUCAUUAGCCAAACUAUAAUGGUAACCCUGUGUUCUGUCAUACACUUAGGACUACAACUACCUUGAUACUCGCUAAUAAUUGGUAUUUAGUACUAUUGCUGUAAAAGUGGAGUAACUUCUCUCAUUUUCCCAACAUUUCCUUUCACUGCUCUGCUCUUAUUGAUCGUAGUGUGAUGAAAAGUAUACUAUAACUUGCCCAGGAGUAUGAAGAAUAAUUGUAACAAGUUUUGUUAAGAUCCGUCGAGUAGUUUUUGUUUUUAUAACGAAUAUACAGACAGACAGACAAAAAUUUUACUGAUUACAUUUUUGGCAUCAGUAUCGGUCACUAAUCACACUCUGAUGGUUAUGUUGGAAAUAUAUUUCAUGUACAGAAUUGACCUCUCUACAGAUUUAUUAUAAGUAUAGUAUGGGUCCCCAGGAGCGAAAAUCGAGGCCAGCGAUAUUUUUUUAUGUGUCAGCAUUUCACAAAAAGUAUUUGAUAAAAUAUUUUUUGUGAAAUGAAUAAAAAAUCACGACACAUGCAAUGAUCUUAUGAUACGUGCGUACGUGCAACAGGUGGCACUAUACUAAUAGCAUUAACAACUGAGUCUUAGGGCCAUAAAUCAUUUCUCUAUAUCUAUCUCGCUUGCACUUAUGGGUCUUAUGGAGCCGUCUAGUGAAGGGUGUAACAAUGAAAGACAUAUUAUCGAUAAGUAAAGUUUAUUAUCGUAUCUUGUUCACAAAAUUAAAAAAAUUAACAAUAUUUGAUUUAAUAUAAUACAUAUUUCAUAUUAUAUAAUUAUUAACUAAAUAAAAUUAAUCUUCAUCUGAGUCUUCAUCAUCAGAAUCUUCGUCUUCUGCCAAAUUUAUUAUAUAUUAGUAUCCAUAGUGCGCAACGAGUAACACAUGAAUGUAUUUAUUUAAUUGCAGUAAACACAUUUAUAGCAAAAAAAAUACGCAAUGCAAUUACAUUAGAAACCGACCAAUCAGAAUCGUCCAAAUCAUUAUUGACUCAUCAUUAGCACGUGCGCAGGUAGCCGUUUAUCGAUAAUUAGGGUGCGCAGGUAGGCGCGCUGCACAUUCCUAUCUUUUUUGACUUUUAUGACCGGACGACUCAGAUGAUAAUGCGCAUACUAUAGUCGCAGUUACAAAAUGACAAACUUGAAAUGCCUAUAUGAAUUUUGAUAAAACAAAAUUCUUUUUCAAAAGUUUUCUGUCUUUGGUCCAGUCCAGUGUUUCUCAAACGUUCGGCUUUACGAACCCCUGUUAAAAUUUCCAAGUGACAGUGAACCCCUUACUAACUAAUGAAACCGCUCUAACCCCCUCCCCCCCAAAGAAAAAAAUAAAUUGGAUUGUUGAAGAAAAUAAGGGUUUUAUUUGAAUAAAAGGUAACACAUAAAGUACCAAAAGAAAUGUCUUUGUAAUAACAAUGUGAUGGGUGUCCUUGUUUUUUGUCGCAAGUGGAUUCAAUGUUAGGAGUAGUUUUGGACAAUUUUAACCUUAAUUCUGACUCGGUAUCAGUUAUCAGGCCACCAUUACGUAAAUCUUGUCGCGAACCCCCCGCCGUCAAAUGGCGAAACCCUAGGGGUUCGCUUUGAGAAACCCUGUUCCAGUUGAUAGUCUAUAUAUUUUCAGAUCAUGUUCUUGAGUUCGAGUCCUGGGUGGGGCUAUGAAAUAUCUUGUAUUUAAAUUAUUUUUCUAAGAAAUUUUGGCAUGCUGAGGUUGGAAAGUUACUGGUGUUACAUCACCGUGCCGUUAACAUUAACUUUGAUUUUCUAAAUUUUUCAAAGAAUAUUUGUUAUGACCAAUUUUCCCGUUCCCUUCGAAGUCCCUUUCCAGUUAGAAAGACACAGUAUACGACAGUAGUCCAUAUUGAACCAGUGACCAGACCAUCAGCCCUUUUACCGCGGAGCUAUUGAGGCCUCAGAUUUAUUGCACAUGAUCUCAGACCAAUUACACCCAUUUGGAUAGAAUUUGCUCGCGCCCCUCAUAACACCAAUGCCAGGUUGAAGACAUUGUAUUUAAUAUUAUUAUAUAUCUUUAUGGCUAUAGGUAUAUUUUGUAUUUUGAGUCAUGAUCGAAUUUCUUGUCCAUCUAAGAGACUAUUUAGUAUUUUUUUUUAAUAUUUAAGAAAUUAAAAUUUAUAUUAUAAUAUAUUUAUUUAUUUGAGAGAAAGUUCAGAUUUUAUUAAAUUUUAAUUAUUAUUUAUAUAUAUUGUAUAAAAGUAUAUUAUUAAAAAAUUAUAAAUAUCUAGGUACGACUGAAAAAAAUAGUAAAAUUCUUGUAAGGAUUUGUUUACCUACUUACCUUGUUUACCUACUUAUAUUUUUUUUUUGAGUAUAGGUACAAACUUUUUUUACCAUUAAUUUCCUUGUACAGUCAGCCAGUGAAAUAAAUACACUAUCAUAUUAUAAUUUGGUUGGUGUCAUCAAAUAGGUAGGUAGAUAUGUAAUAAAAAAAACUUUGUAAAAAUAUUGAAUACUUAAUUAAGUAAAAAAUAUUUUUUCUUCAUAAAAGUUUUUUUCAUUAACUGACUGUACUCUAUUGUUUUAUUAGCGGACCAACUUGUAAUUUAAUGUAUUAAAAAAAUACUUCAAAUAUAUACGUCAUAUUAUAAUUUAAAAUAAAAAUACGUUCUACAUAAUUACAUUAGUUCUAACUUAUAAUGUUUAUAUGUGCAUAACAACUCUAAUGGUGAUUUGAAAUAUAUACUUAAACCUAAAAUUAUUUUUAAGAAAUCAUUUAAAAAUUAAAGAAUUAUGUCAAUAAUACCGUUAGUAUCUGCAUAUUUAAAAAUUUUAAUAUAUAGUUUUGUUUUAAUGAUUCAAAGUUACAUUUAUUUCAAUAUGCUGUAUUAAUCCUUUUGUAAUGUAUAAUAAUAUAUUCUUCUGUGUUCUAUAACUGUAUAUGAUAUUUUAUGUAAUUAUAAUAAUAUAUUAUGUAGUAGUGUUCUCUUGAUUUUUUUAAUUAUUAGUUCUUUUGGUUACAGUAAAACUACUAUCUAAUCUAGUCAAUUUUUAUUAAUAGGGAAAACGUUUAGAUUUUGAGUAUGUCUAGUUUACUUGUUUAUUAAUAAAAAAAAAAUUGUAUAUAAUCAAAUAUCUUUUGGUCUUUGAAUCUUCAUAAUUACGUUUUUGAAUUAUUUCUUUUAACUUUACUCCACACUUUAGCAGGAUAGUUACAACAAUAAAUAAACUAUAACAGUUUAUUUUAUCAUUAACUACAACUAGUGACCUUAUUAAUAAAGGUCACCUUAAUUUAUUAAUUAUUUACAUACUAACUAGAUAAUAUGUGACAACAUGGUUUAAGAAUAGGUAUUAAAUAAUACUGUUUUAGUGUGGGUUAAAUUUAAUUUGUAUAUUAAUAAUAGAAAUAAAAAUAGUGAGAGUAAUUAUAAGCAUUUAAUGACUCUAAUUAUAAUUAUAUUAAAUGUUAAAAAAAUAUAUUAUUACAGGAAAAUACAGCCUGUGUAUUAGGUAUAUAAAUAAUUGAUCUUUUAUAAACAUCAUUUCCUACUCUACUUUAUAUACCUACAUAAACAAUAAAUAUGUUUGUGGUGUGUUAUGUGUUUACAUAACAUUUUAUAUAUUUUCAAUUAAAUUUAUACUGUUCACAGCUUUACUAUCAUUUCAGUAUGACCUCUAUACAAAAGGCACUUUAUUUAAAAAAAACAGAAUAAAUAUACCUACCUAAUAUAUUUAGGUACUUAGGUAUAUAUAUAAAAAUUAUGUUUGGCAUAUAUGAAUGGAUUUAUAUAGUUUAAAAACAAUAUAUAAAACAAAGUAAUAUAUAGUAUACAAAAUCAUUAGUAAGUACUUUUUGUAUAGGGGAAUCUCUAUUUUUGUGCACAUAAUUUGUGUGGGGCACAGACUUCUUUUAAAAGUACCUUAUUAGCACAUUAAGAUAUUAUAUAAGAGCACAUUUAUGUGUAUUUUACUAUCAUACAAUGAUUGAUCUAUACAAAUCUUUAAAUUCUGAUGGUUCCAACUGAAAAUCAACACUAUAUAACCUAUUUUAAAAGGUCAUGUAUUUGUCUUUAUUUCCAAAUUAAUUUCAACAGGUCAACUUGAAAUUAAAAGUUCCACAAACUGAUAACUGCCUGUUGGUUCAGUUUUUUAGCCAACAUGGUUUUGAAUCAUGAGGUUUCAGAUUUGAGUCCUGGCUAUUAUUCUUCCAAAAAAUUCUCAGUGGCAGCCCAAAGUAUGUCAGUCAAUGUAACUCGUAAGACCUCAACACAAUAGCUCAACAGUAAGAGCAGACUCAUCACCGAAGGUUUGGUUUGUACCCUACCCAAAUAUACUUUAAAAAAAAAAAGAAAACAAUAUAUUGUUAAACAGAACAUUACAUUGUAGAACAUGCCUGUAACAAAUGAGGUUAACAAUGCAAUAUUUUUCAUUUAAGAGCAGCACAAUCCUCUAUUAUCCAGGCCUGAUGAUAAUGGAUAGCUCGAACUGUUCUAAAGUUAGAGAUUUGUGUAAAGUCAAAUUAGCACCAUUGCCUACUUGUUUUAGUAAGUUAAGAUUGAGACGUAAAGCAUAUAUUCUAAAUUUAUUAUAUUGUAUGGAAUAAAAGUAUGAGGUGUUACUAAAAAAAAAAAUGAUACAGUACUUACAAUUAUUUGCUAGUAAUUAAAACACAUUGUAUCCAAAGAUUUGUUUAUUGUUUUAAAGUUACUAUAAUUAUAUUAUUUAAAUGA